CGACGGCUAUAUUUGUGUUAUGUAGCAUUUGUUUGGCCCACAAAUACAGGGCUUGUUCUAUGAAGGGCAUUUUACAGAGAACACAAUGACAUUCUGAAUGGCACAUAGACACAGUAUUUAGGAUCAUCAUCCACAGAAUAGAUAGCUAAUGUACUUUAUCAAUUUUAUAAGAAAUGGAAAUGUCUUCUUAAGAACCACCCCUUGCAAAUUUUGAGAAGCACAGAAUUCCAGUCCCCUGACAUAUAUUUUAAUAAUUUCAAAGCCCUCCUUUUGAAUAUGUUUUUUUCAAAAUGACAAGUUAAAUAUUGACACCAACAUGAUGUGUUGAUGGGGCAAUGUCUGACAGUACCUAAGAAUAUACAGCCAGUAUUGGCUCCAGGAAUCAAAUGUUUAGUCUGUCAUGAGGACACGAGAUUACACAGCAAGUAAAGCACAGCUGCUGUGAUCUGUUACAGUAUGUAUGCCAUUUCUCUGUUUCCACUUUUAGAGAGCUGUUUCAGAGGUCACCGUCAUUCAUUAUAACAUGAAACUGAUGUAAGAAAAAAAUGCUUUGAAAUGUCACUGCUUGUCAUGGACUGAUCGUAGCUGAUUAGGCUGCUGGAUAUGUGGAUCUGUGGAGGGUGCCAGAAAUGCACUUUUUUUUUAUUUUGAGUGGUGUACCAAAAUAAUCCAGUGGAGUAAACUACUUUCCCUAUGUAGGACUAAAAUAUAUAGUUAACAAAAUCUCCUAUCAAACCAAAACAUAAAUAAUGCAGCAAUAGCUUUUCUGUAUUUUUUUAAAAAUCAUAGAUAUGUUAGUUAUGACAAUGUAAUACAACCAAGCUUUUAUAAUUUGUUUACAGUCAAUGGGUGGUUUUGCAUAAGGAUAUUGUAUAGAUUGUGUGUGUGUGUGCCCUACAGGCUUUGGUUUACACUUCACGCCAGGCAGCAGAGUUGAGACUUGUCUUGUUUUUGAGACAUGAUUGGUUGAUACAGUAAUACCAAAGAUGGUUCGGUAAAGCUAUUGGACUAGCUUAGGAUACAUUAAAUAUUUAUUUCCUGUGCACUCUGUGUCCCAUGCUGCAACCAACCUUCAUGGCCGCAGCAUGUCGCUAUGGAGGAAGCAGAACCAAAGCAAUUUUCUAAUCAGCUUAGUGUCUGUUCAGCAGUACGGUUGACUAGAUGUUAAGCAUUUCGUCUUUGUUUACCUUAUCGAAUCAUGGGACGUACCAAUAAUUAUCAUUUUUCGGCUGAAGUAUCGAGGCAACGGGACCCAUAAAUUAAUUGAAGUGAUGUUUACUCUCACAGAGGUAGCCGCCCUGAAUGACAUCCAGCCGACCUAUCGGAUCCUGAAACCAUGGUGGGACGUAUUUAUGGACUACCUGGGCGUCGUCAUGCUGAUGCUGGCCAUAUUUUCUGGAACCAUGCAAUUAACCAAAGACCAGGUGGUUUGCCUUCCCGUUCUGGAACCAACUCCAGAGGACCCCAGCAGCUUCACGACACCGCAGCCAGAGGAGGGGUCUGGGUCAGGGUCAGGGAACGGAGGAAGCAGGGUGACUCUAGCCGCAGCGCCCCUAAUGAUUAAUGAUCUACCGGAUAGUGUCAUCCACUUCACACAGUUUGGUGGUGUUGGACAGCAGCCUCCGCCAACAGGCGUCAGGACAAACCUGGACUUUCAGCAGUAUGUUUUUGUCAAUCAGAUGUGCUACCACGUUGCCCUGCCGUGGUACUCAAAAUACUUCCCAUACCUUGCUCUCAUACACACCAUCGUCCUCAUGGUCAGCAGUAACUUUUGGUUCAAAUAUCCAAAGACUAGUUCAAAAAUAGAGCAUUUUGUGGGGAUUCUGGGGAAGUGUUUUGAGUCUCCUUGGACGACCAAGGCAUUGUCCGAGACUGCAUGUGAGGACUCGGAGGAGAAUAAGCAAAGGCUCACUGGUGCCCAUUCCCUACCAAAACAUUUCUCAACCAGCAGUGAAGAGGGAAGUCCUAACCAGUCCACCCCGAUGCUGGCUAAAUCUGGGGUCAAGUUUACUGCUGAUAAGCCUGUUAUUGAAGUGCCAUGCAUGACCAUACUGGACAAGAAAGAUGGAGAGCAGGCCAAGGCCUUGUUUGAAAAGGUUAGGAAGUUCCGUGCCCACGUGGAAGACAGUGAUUUGAUCUACAAGCUCUAUGUUGCUCAAACUGUGAUCAAAACUGUGAAGUUCAUUUUGAUCUUGUGUUACACAAUGACAUUUGUUGCUUCAAUUGACUUUGACCAUGUGUGUGAGCCUGACAUAAAACAUUUAACCGGAUACUCUAAAUUCCAAUGCACACAUAACAUGGCAUUCAUGUUAAGGAAGCUGCUUGUCAGCUAUAUUUCCCUCGUCUGUAUAUAUGGUCUAAUCUGUAUAUACACUCUCUUCUGGCUGUUUCGACGACCUCUCAAGGAGUACUCUUUCGAGAAAGUCAGAGAGGAGAGUAGUUUCAGUGACAUUCCUGACGUGAAGAACGACUUCGCGUUUCUCUUGCACAUGGUCGAUCAGUAUGACCAGCUGUACUCAAAGCGUUUUGGCGUCUUCCUCUCUGAAGUCAGCGAGAAUAAACUGCGAGAGAUCAGCUUGAAUCACGAGUGGACCUUUGAGAAACUGAGACAGCAUGUAACCCGCAACGCUCAGGACAAACUGGAGCUCCAUCUCUUCAUGCUGUCAGGUCUGCCAGAUGCUGUCUUCGAUCUGACGGAUUUGGAGAUCCUAAAGCUGGAGCUGAUCCCAGAGGCCAGGAUAACAGCCAAAAUCUCCCAGAUGAUCAACCUUCAGGAGCUUCACUUUUAUCACUGCCCUGCCAAAGUUGAGCAGACCGCGUUCAGUUUCCUUCGUGACCACCUCCGGUGCCUUCAUGUCAAGUUUACAGACGUAGCUGAGAUCCCCACCUGGGUGUACCUGUUGAAAAGUCUGAGGGAGCUAUACUUGGUCGGGAAUCUGAAUUCUGAAAACAACAAGAUGAUUGGUUUAGAAUCUCUCAGAGACCUGAGACAUCUGAAGAUUCUGCAUCUAAAAAGCAACUUGACGAAGGUCCCAACCAACAUAACAGAUCUCUCUCCACACCUGAUCAAGCUGGUUGUACAUAAUGACGGUACUAAACUCCUGGUACUGAACAGUUUGAAAAAAAUGAUGAACCUAGCUGAACUGGAGCUUCACAAUUGUGAACUGGAGAGGAUUCCCCAUGCUAUUUUUAGUUUGACCAACCUGCAGGAGCUGGACCUGAAAUCCAACAACAUUCGCACCAUUGAGGAGGUCAUCAGCUUCCAGCACCUCAAUAGGCUGAUCUGCCUUAAACUGUGGCACAAUAAAAUCAUCACCAUUCCAUUGUCCAUAAGCCACGUCAAAAACCUUGAGUCCCUCUACCUUUCGCACAACAAACUUGAAUCUCUGCCCGUACCUUUGUUUAACCUGCUGAAGCUGAGGUAUCUGGACGUUAGCCACAACUCCAUAGUGGUGAUCCCUCUGGAGAUCGGCUUCAUGCAGAACCUCCAGCACUUUGCCAUUACAGGAAACAAGGUGGAGGUGGUACCCAAGCAGCUGUUCAAGUGCACCAAAUUGAAGACACUAUGUCUGGGACACAACUGUAUCUCUGUCCUUCCAGAGAAGAUAAGCAAUCUGGUGCAGCUAACAAACCUGGAGCUUAAGGGAAACUGUCUGGACCGCCUGCCAGCCCAGCUUGGCCAGUGUCAUCUCCUCCGCAGGAACUGCCUGGUGGUGGAGGACCACCUCUUUGACUCACUCCCCCUAGACGUCAAGGAGAGUAUCAAUCAGGAAGCCAACGUUCCCUUUGCUAAUGGGGUGUGAGUGUGGGAGGACAGUCACUUUACCCAUACAGGAAGGAGAUUACAAAAAUGUGGCAAUAACUGUCCAUGCACAGCCAGCUAGUCAACUCUUUUAAUUACAGCAUGUGAACUGGAAUAAAGGUUUUUGCUCAGGGCUGACUCGUCGAACAGAUGAUGUUUAAACUUAUAGAAAAUGGCACUGUGCUAACUAGUCAGGUGAGUUGAUUCCAGGUACUGUGGAAAAUGCUAGAUUGAUGGUCUAGAUCCAGAAUGAUAGGUUAGUUCCAUAGUGAUGGGCUGAUUCCAGAAUAAGGAGCUGGUUCCAGAGUGAGUUAGUUGUAGAAUGACAGCAAUGUUUGUGUUAGACCACUAAAUGAUUAGUCAAUGUUCUGAGGAAAAGGGAUGCUCCUCUUAAUGAAACAGAAUGGUGGUGUAGAAUUCAUAGAUACCAGGGAUACAGUAGCCUCAGAUUAUUGGCACCCUUGAUAAAGAUGAGCAAAAAAGAAUGUAUAAAAUAAAGAAUACAAAUUCUGAA